AUGGAAAUCAUAAGUGAGAAAGAUAUAUACACCUGGUGUACAGACCACGGUGUGAAUGUGAGACGUAGUGUAGGUUUGGUGGGAAAUUUUACCAACAUAACUGAUGAAGAAGUGAUUAAAGAAGUAAAUAAAUUGUGUGGGAUAAAAUCGCCUGUUAUAAUAGAUAAAUGGAAAGGAACUUUAGGUGAAACUUGUGCGGUUUUAAUAAAUAAUCAAAAUAAUUUAGAUGCCUCUUUGAUCCCCAUUAAUAUUUUAGUGGAAAGUGUGCCGGGGAGACGGUGGCUUGUCAUAUGGCCUAGUCAAGUAGUGGUGGGAGAAGAGGAAGCCACAGAAGUUCCUGGGUAUGGAGUGGAGGAAAAUCAGAGGAGCCAUCAGAGUAUGGGUGACUUCUCACAAGCCAACCAAACUAAUACUGACCCUAUAGAGCCUCAAGUAGAGGCCGUAAUGGAUAAGGUAGUAAGUCACUUUGAAAGGUGGCAUUACGAAGGUGGGUAUAGGAGAUUAAGGGUUUUUUCAGGGAUACUUCCUGUGCCCACUGGGGAAGAAAGUUAUGAGGUUUGGAGAGAAGCAGCGGUACAGCAUUCGGAGGAGUGGAGAUGCCCGGAGCAUAUAAAAAAACAGAGGAUUGUUGAAAGUCUCCGAGGUCCAGCGAUGGGGAUCAUACAUGCUACACGUAGGAGCAAUCCUAACGCCACCUUGAAAGACUAUUUCACUGCAUUAGAUUAUUCUUUUGGAACCAUAGAGGAAGUAGGAGAUAUUCUAUCUCGACUUCAUCGUACUUUCCAAGAACCUACUGAGACACUUACAGACUACAUUUACCGCAUAGAUAAGAUUCUGUAUAAACUUUUAGACAAAGGAGGGAUUGAACAGAGAGAAAUUGAUGAACGUCGUAUGAAGCAUGUUUUAAUAGGAGCUUUAACUAGUAAUCCAGUAGCUCAAAGACUGAGGUGCAGUAUGCCUCGAACCCCUUCUCCAACACUGAGUGAUUUAAUAAAAUAA